AUGUAUUCCUCGCCCCUCAAGGCGCUUGUAUGCCUGGCUUCUUUUGCUGUCGUGUCCACCUCUAUGCCUCUAAGCAUAGAGCAGUCUCGUCAUAAUGCAGCAUCGGAUGCGUGGUCUAACCUUCCAUUGAAGGCGUCAAUCCCAGUUGAGCGCAUACACUUUGAGUUCUCACAGAAUAAAGUAUAUCAGAUGCAUGAAAGUCUGAGACAUACCCGAACUAGCGACCCCGACAACGAGCAGCGGCAUUGGAUCGCACUUGCAUCUGAAGGCUUGUCCGAGAUUAAUGGGCCAUGUCUAGAGAAUGAGGUCAACCGUCACCCUCAGUUCAAUGCUUCCGUGACGGUGGACGGCCAUACGUCCAAUGUCCAUUUCAUGGCGUUGUUUUCGCAGCAACCGGAUGCUAUCCCCAUCGUCUUCUUACAUGGAUGGCCUGGGAGUUUCCUUGACUUUACUGAGCUUCUCGAUCUCGUGCGUCAGAGGUAUUCUUCUGAGGAUUGCCCGUUCCAUCUCAUUGUACCAUCUCUGCCCGGGUAUGCCUACUCUGCCGGCUCCCCCAUGAGUAGACAUGCGGAUAUGGUCGCCGUAGCUAGGACCAUUGACGCGUUGCUCACCGGCAUUGGUCUGGAUAAUGGUUACAUUGCCCAAGGUGGCGGUGUGGGGGCUUAUGUUGCUAGGCUACUUGGGUCAUCUAGCCCCAGUUGUGAAGUCAAUUCCCUCCCUCUUUUCUCCGGGUUACCCAACCCAAGUACCGAUCUAGAUCUUAGUGAGCAAGACCCGGAGAUUCUUAGCCGAGCUUCACAUUUCAAGUCUCUCCAAAAGACGGAUGUCGCGGAUCAUGGAAAACAGGUCACCUUAGGAGUCGUUCCGGAGAAAGACCCAUUGUCAUUGUUAGCCUGGCUUAGUGACAAGUUCAACAAUUGGGUAGAUCCCCAACACCCUUUACCCAUGCAAACAACCUUAAUACACGCUUCGGUCUACUACCUGAUGGGGAUGACGACAAGUGAUUAUUACCAACUAUCCAGUCUGGAUGCGCCUGACAACAUGAUACCGUUUGUUCCAAAGCCAAUGGGCUACAGCCGUUUCCCGUUUGAUAUUAGCGGUCUCCCUAGGAAGUGGGCAGCGACGCUGGGUGAUUUGGUAUGGUACAAUUCUCACAUUCAAGGUGGUCAUUUUGCUGCCAUGGAAAAUCCAGAGGAGCUAUGGAACGAUGUCGAACAUUUCGUUCGGACGGUUUUCCCAGAUGACCUUCCCAGAUGA